CUUUCUUUUGCACGGGGCGCCGGAUCCGCUGCCGUUUCGUCUUAUGGACCGUCGACUACUGACUGGCCCACUCGUGUCACUUCCCCUUCGGCGGUUUCUGUCACUCCAUGGGAUCUGGCGCCUUCGCCGUGCCCGCGCUUCUACUUUUCCUUUUCACCCACGGGGCCCAAGACUGCGCCCUCACUGCCAUCUCUCGUUGACCGGCAGCGGGGUCCGGUCACGUUUCCGGCAUCUGGCAUUUUCUUUCCCUGCCCACCAUGGCUCAGAAAUCCCAAACAGCGACCCAGUCUGAGGCCCAGGCAAAUUCGGGCAGUCGCACCUCGUCCGCCAAGGAGGGCGCGGGAACACCAAGCUCGGCCAGGCAGUCGGCCAGCUCCACCAGCGCAGGCCCCAACCCGUCUUCGUCGUCGUCGUCGUCCUCCUCCUCCAUCCUACCACGCAUGUCGGACCCGACACCACCAGUCUCAACAGCGCCCGUUCCUGAUUCUUCGCAGCCGCAGCCACAGCCGCCGCCGGAGCCGCAGGCCCAGGCUAUGGAGAAGCCGUCGGCCGUCGGCUCGCAGCCAUCGCCUUAUGGCACGCGGUCACGGAACCGCACCGGCGCGGCACGCCCAAAUUAUGCCGAGGACAAGGACUUUGACCUGGAUCUUUUCGACGUGUAUCCUCGGCGCAAAGACGACGACGCCAAAAAGUCCAGCAGCACUGCCGCGACUGCCAACACUGCCAAGCAACAAGCUGCAUCAUCAACAUCAACGUCGGCAGCAGCGGCCAAUGCGACGCAGGGCGCUCCGCGCGCUGGAAAUGGGUCCUCCAGGAAGCCACUUCCUGACGAGAGCAGGCAGCACAACGGCACCAAGGAUCACCACCCCAACGCAAACCAGCCGUCGACAGCAUCGGCUUCCACCACCACUAACGGCACCACGGCCACAAACGGCACAUCCAAGUCCAAAAAGCGCAAGGCUGCCGACGCCUCCUCAACAGCCAGCGGCAACCAAACGCCGUCGGCCACAAAUGGCGCUUCAAUGUCGCUGGCAUUGCAGAAGCGCCUCGGCGUCAGCGGGCAGGGGAGCGGGAAUGCCACCCCCAGCGGUGCUGGUUACGCCGAGACCAACAUGCUUACCUUUGAGAAAUGCAAGGCGCGACCCACCAAGGACGGGAAAAUGGUGGCCGACGAUGGCACAGUCUUGGAGGUAAACGAUCACGUCUACCUGGUUUGCGAGCCGCCCGGCGAGCCGUACUAUCUUGGCCGCAUCAUGGAGUUCUUGCACGUUAAGAACGACCCGACACUGCCAAUCGAUGCGCUGCGCAUCAAUUGGUACUACCGGCCCAAGGACAUCGGGCGCAAGGUGCAAGACACGCGCCUGGUUUUCGCCACGAUGCACUCGGACAUUAGCCCUCUGACGUCGCUGCGCGGCAAGUGUCAGAUCCGGCACAAGGCCGACAUCGAGAACCUGGCGGACUACAAGCGAACGCCCGACUGCUUCUGGUAUGAGAAGCUCUAUGACAGGUACAUCCAGAAGAAUUACGAGGUGAUCCCGACGAAGCAAGUCAUCAACGUGCCCGAGCACGUCAAGAAGGUCCUGGACGAGCGGUGGAAAUACGUCCUGACGGAGCAGGGCCGCGGCAAGGAGCUGACCAGUGCGGUCAAGACGUGCAAGCGAUGCACCAUGUACUGCGCAAACAACGAUUCGGUGGACUGUGCCGUGUGCCAGAACACAUACCACAUGAACUGCGUCAAGCCACCCCUGCUCAAAAAGCCAAGCCGUGGCUUUGCCUGGUCCUGCGCCACAUGCAGCCGCGCCCAGGAGCGCAAGCUCGAGGCCCGCAACACGCCCAACAUCUCGGAUCUGCAUGCGCAAGCCGACGCCGAGGAGGAUGAGCCGCUCGACGAUGACGACGAGGAGCUGGUCGGCGCCGACGCCGUUGACGGCAUCGACACGGGCCGCACCAGUCGUACCAGCCCCGUCGACGAGAACGCGCAUCCGCCGCCGACGGCCGAGCAGAUCUACCACGCCAGCCUGUGGCCGUACCGGUAUCUUGGCAUGCAUUGCAAGGUCGAGGACGCCCUCGACCUGGAUGACCGCAUCUUCCCCCGCGCGAGCACCCGGCUGGGCCUCCGCCACCAGGCCGUCGUGCCUCCCUGGUACGGGCGGCCCGUGCGCUACGUGAAGCCGCUUGAGUUCAAGAAGUCCGGCAAGAACAACAGCAAGCUCACCAAAGAACAGCAGGCCGCCUUGGAGGCCGAGCGCCUCCAAAAGGAGAAGCGCCCCAAGUGGAUCCAGGACGAGCCGCCCGGAUAUGUCGAGCGAGGCGGCGAUGACACGGCGACGCUGCUCUUCAAGCCCCCGGAGGAAUGCGGCGUGAGCAUGUCAAGCGAGGCGCUGGAUGACUACAUGAGCACGGCCAGGUCGAUGGCCGUCUCCCUCGGCCUGCCGCCUCACUCCACGAACCUCCAGGAUGUCGCGAGAGACCUGCUUUUCCGCUGCGGCUUUGACCCAGCAAGGGCUCUCGAGGAGCUGGCCAAGACCCCCAAGGCCGAGUUCAAGGAGCCCGAGCUGACCCCGGCGGAGCAGAAGAAGUUCGAAGAAGGCGUCGCAAAGUAUGGGUCCGAGCUGCACAGCGUCAAGAAGCACGUCAAGACCCUGAGCGCCGCGACGAUAACCCGGUAUUACUACACCUGGAAGAAGACAGAACGGGGGAAGCAGAUCUGGGGCAAUUUCUCGGGGCGCAAGGGGAAGAAAGACGCGAAGAAGGCCGAGGCCGCGGCGAGCAAGCUGGCAGAUGAUAUCGCCGACGACCACGACGACUCGGCCUUCGACAACGACAAGGCCAGGGAGAAGAAGAAGUCCUUCAUGUGCAAGUUCUGCGGCACCAAGUCGUCGCGCCGGUGGCGGCGCGCUCCAGCCGCCGCGGUGACGCCCGUGACCGAAAACGGCGGAAAGAACGGCAACAAGGAAAAGAAGGACCAGUACAUUCAGGCCUUGUGCAGGAGAUGCGCGGAAUUGUGGCGGCGAUAUGCCAUCCAGUGGGAGGACAGUGAGGAGCUGGCCAAGAAGGUCGCUCAAACCGGCGGUCGCGGCUGGAGGCGCCGGGUCGAUGAGGACCUCUACAGGGAACUAGUCGCUGCAGACGAGAUGGCGAGCGACUCGCGACUCCCGACCCCUGACCCUGCUGCGACGGCAAGCCCGGCCAGCACUCUCAGCGGACAGCCAGCUGCUGCGGAGCCGCCCCGCAAGAAGCUCAAGAGCUUCGCUGAGAGGGAUGCUGUGGAGAAGACGCCGUCAGAGUCAGGUAGCUUGUCUGGCGCACCCGCUGCGAAGAAAAAGGAGAAGGCGACCGAGAAGCAGCAGCAACAACAACAGCAGCAGCAGCAGCGCCAACCCCCCGCGCCGCCUCCCGCGCCCGAGAUUCCAAAGCCGCGGACUCUUCCCUGCGCCAUCUGUGGGAAGUUGGAGCCACUGGGCGAUCAGCAUCUAUCUUGCAAGGAGUGUCGUCUCGCUGUGCACCGGAGCUGCUACGGUGUCGUUGACAACCGCGCCCCCGGAAAAUGGGCCUGCGACAUGUGUACCAACGACAAGAACCCACAGCUUUCGAUUCACUACAAAUGUGUCCUGUGCCCGGUCGAGUACACUGCGCACGACUUUGUGGAGCCGCCUAAGAUCUCUACGUCCCACAAAAAGAAGACCGAGAAGGAGCGCGAGCGGGAGCGGAUGGAGCGCGAGAACGCCCAGAGAGCGGCCGACUACUACCGCAAGAAGCAAGAAGAGAUGAACCGCCCUUUGAACCCCCGCGAGCCUCUGAAACGGACCGCCGGCAAUAACUGGGUGCACGUCACCUGCGCUGUCUGGACGCCCGAGGUGAAGUUUGGUAAUGCCAAGGCCCUCAGUCCCAGCGAGGGGAUCCCCCUGAUCCCGCGAGCGAGGUACGCGGAAGUCUGCAAGGUCUGCAAGACCGACGGCGGGGCAUGCGUGCACUGCCAUCAAUGCCACGCGCCAGUCCACGUCGAAUGCGCUCGUCAGGCCGGCUAUGUCCUCGGCUUUGACAUCACGCCGGUCAAGAGUUCGCGCCGGGAUCAGUUCCGUAUCGUCACCAUCAAUGGGGAGAGCGGCACCAUGACGGCGGGAGUCUGGUGCAAGGACCACCUGCCGACCAAGACGACCAUCCAUCGGAUGGACGAGCUGGUGGCCGAGACCGGAACAACCGCGCUGCAGCUCUACGUGCAGAAUUUCAAACAAGCCGAUUUGACCCUCACGGGCUGCGCGAGGAAGGCGAACCAGAUCACUGUCGCCUCCAAGAUGUCGACCCAACCUUCAUCAGCCACUGCUCAUCAGAACCGGCGGGCGUCACUUGCCGCCACGGCCAACGGCGACCAUGAAGGAGCGACGCCGAGCGCUCUCCAGCCUGGUGGCAAGAUCUGCCUGACCUGCGGUGUUGAUGUCAGCCCCAAGUGGCACGCCAUCGACCAGGUGCAGGAGCGGGAGCUUACGAAUGGCUAUUUUGGCAAUCUGGGCUCAGAGGCGCAGAAAUUCGUCGAGCAGCGCAGCUUCCAGUGCCACAAGUGCAAGAAGGCCGGCCGCCGGCCGGCUCCGCACCCGCCGGCCCCCAGGGAGCCAACGCCUUCCCCCGAGCCGGCGCGGCAGGCAUCGCAAGUCGCAGCGGCCUUGCUACCCCCGGUGCGCCCCGACGAGCCGAGACAUGCGAGGGCACCAUACGGCUGGCCGGCAGCCCCCAGCCCUUCGCCCGCUGUGCAGGCGCCGUUGCUUCAGGCCCCAGCAGCAGGCCCGCUUGGCGUCCCAAUUGCCCCUCCGGCGGUGCAAGCCCAGCCGGUAGCACCACCUCCCUUGCCUCCGGCUAUCGCCCCACGGGCACCGCCGGUUGUCCAGCCUCCUGCGGCAUAUGCGCCGUCCUCUCGCCCGUUCGACUGGCACCGACCCUCAGCGGGCCACGGCCCGCCUCCGCUGCACCCAUCCCGCGAUAUCAACGGGCGCCCUUCCCCGCCCCCUACCUCCAUCCCCCCGCUUGCGCCGCCAAAUCACCUCCGGCCUCCCCCAAUUAGCAUCCCCCACCCGUCGGCUCAAUCCCCGCCGACCGGCCACAUGACUCAACCCCCGUUUGUGAACAGCAUGCCGCCGUCACCUCGGCACGUCAGCGGUCCUCCCCCUCCAACGCUCAACGGUGGCCCGUACCACCCCCAUCACAACCACCCGCCGGCGGAUUUGCGACCACACCACAUGAUCAUGAAUUCAAUGGUCUCAGGGCCUCCACCCCCGGAGCCAUCGUCUCAGCCGCUCAACUUCCUCCGACAGUGGGGCGGCCACCAGAGCCACCAUCACCACGGCGGCCCGCACCACCGUGGCAGUCCGCCGCCGCCGCCGCCCCUGAGAGACAAUGGUCCCCCCGGUCCUCCUCCGCCCUCGUUGGGCCAUCGCGAACCGGCCAUUCAACAACCGCCGCCGGCACCUCCCGCACAACCGCAGCCGCAGAGGGAGAAUAGACCGGCCAGCGGGGCCAGCGCGAGCCCGUCGUUGAGGAACCUGCUUUCUUAGUGUUGGCGGCACUCGAAGCGCCUGGUGUGUUUUUCGGCGGGGCCGUGUUGUAUAAUGUUUGUACUUGCUUCCCUUCCGCUUUCCUUUUCUGUCUGUUUGGCAGGUUGAAAAGAGGAAGGCGAAAAACAUGGAGACAUUGCUUCCCCCCCCCCC